AUUCCAUACAAACUUCCCCAAUACAUUGUAACUGUGCCAAAAAGCAAAAAGCAUUUUUAUUAUAUAUACCAAAUUUUAAAAAAUAAAAUAAAAUUUAAGUUCACCUUAUAAAUAUAGCACCACCCAUAUCACAAAUAGUAUACGUAUAGCACAAGCCCCUCUCUCUCUCUCUCUCUCUCUCUCUCUCUCUAUGGAAGGUCACCUUGUGGGAAAGAGCUCAUCAUCAAAAGCAGAAACAAAAGCUUCAUUUACAAGUGCACUCACACUUACCCAAUCGGGGUUGCCUCAUGUGCCUCAACGCUAUGUUCUUCCUCCUUCACAACGCCCAAACCCUUCUUCCUCUAGGCUCUCUACCACUCUUCCCAUUGUUGACCUCUCCCCCUUGCAAAGCCCUUCUCUUAGGCCUCAAAUCAUCAACAAUAUUCGGAUGGCUUCUAAGGAAAUUGGCUUCUUUCAGGUGGUUAACCAUGGAAUCCCGUCUUCGGUCAUGGAAGAUGCCCUAAGUGCUGCAAACGAGUUCUUCAACCUGCCUCUUGAGGAAAAGAUGCUUCUAGGUUCGGAUAGUGUUCAUGCACCUGUAAGGUACGGGACAAGUAUGAAUCAUGCUGUGGAUAGGGUUCACUUUUGGAGAGACUUCAUUAAGCACUACUCCCAUCCUAUUUCAAAAUGGAUCCAUCUUUGGCCAUCAAAUCCUUCUUGUUACAAAGAGAAGAUGGGAAACUAUGCCAAGGCUGUGCAAGUGCUACAAGAGCAAAUAAUGGAGCUUGUCAUAGAGAGCUUGGGGCUAAACCCUAAGUACUUACAAGAAGAAGUUGAAAGUGGGUCCCAAUUAGUGGCUGUGAAUUGCUACCCUGCAUGUCCAGAACCAGAGCUUGCCUUAGGAAUGCCUCCCCAUUCAGACUAUGGCUCCAUAACCAUCCUGCUUCAAAGUUGUCCAGGGCUUCAGGUAAAGGACCAGAACAGCAACUGGCAAACGGUCCCAGCCAUCGAAGGAGCUCUCUUGGUUCAGCUGGGAGACCAAAUGGAGGUUCUGAGCAAUGGACAUUACAAAAGUGUUCUUCACAGAGCAACAGUUAGCUCUGAGAAAAGUAGACUUUCCAUUGCCAGUCUCCACAGUCUUUCUUUGGACAAGAAAGUAGGGCCUGCACCAAUGCUUGUGGACAAGCAACAUCCACAGUCUUACAAGGAGUUCAGCUUCAGAGACUUUCUGGAUUUUAUCACAAACAAUGAUAUAGUUAAGGGAAGGUUUAUUGAUACCCUCAAACAGAAUUAAAAUCCAUCAAGUAGCUAGAGUUAUGUAUUUUGUUUUAUUAAUGUAGUUUUGUUUAGGAAUCAAAGUCAAGUUUGUGUUUUUAUUUUAAAUAAACAUAUUAAUUUAAGCAUAAAUCUUUCUUAUUUGUU